ACAAAGUGAAAGCUGACAGAGUGGCUGCGUUCUGGGAGCGUAUUUCUACGGCCGAGCCCCUCCUCUGGUGGCUGGAGGUUGAUGUCACUGGCAGAGUCUUCAGGACAGGACACAACUAGGUAGAGCUGGUCAGGGGACACUUCGGAAGGAAAAGAAGGCGAUGUUCCAGCGAGGAUCUUGUUUAUGGACAUUGCGGGAAGGCUGCUGAUACAGUCCAGUGGGCUCGUAGGUGUUUUCCAGCUGAAAGGUUGAGGUAGCCUCAGAGCCGCAGUAUUUUUAGAUCACUUCUUAGAGGGAUAGAAAAAUGUCGUCUCCAAGUCCGGGCAAGAGGCGAAUGGAUACCGACGUCGUGAAACUCAUCGAGAGCAAGCAUGAAGUCACCAUCUUAAGCGGACUCAACGAGUUUGUGGUCAAGUUCCACGGCCCACCUGGAACACCGUAUGAGGGAGGAGUGUGGAAAGUUCGGGUAGACCUCCCAGAUAAAUACCCUUUCAAAUCACCUUCUAUAGGGUUCAUGAAUAAAAUAUUUCACCCCAACAUCGAUGAAGCGUCAGGAACUGUCUGUUUAGACGUCAUCAACCAGACGUGGACAGCUCUGUACGACCUCACCAACAUCUUCGAGUCGUUCCUCCCCCAGCUGCUCGCCUACCCCAACCCCAUCGACCCCCUCAACGGGGACGCCGCCGCCAUGUACCUGCACCGACCAGAGGACUACAAACACAAGAUCAAAGAGUACAUCCAGAAGUACGCCACAGAGGAGGCUCUAAAGGAGCAGGAGGAGGGCGGGGGCGACUCCUCCUCCGAGAGCUCCAUGUCGGACUUUUCGGAGGACGAGGCUCAGGACAUGGAGUUGUAGUGAAGGCGCCGCCGCCUUCGCCGCGCAACAGACUGUCGUUUCCUAAAGAGCAAAAACUGAGUACUAUAUUCAUAUUUAAACGAGACAGUUUUUUACAGCAACACAAGGAUUUUUAUCGCUACGCGGGGGAUUUGCAGUAUGAAAAGUCGACCCGCAUUUAGGAAUUCGCCGCCACCCCCCCACCCCCCCCGCCUCGUCUGCGUCCCCAAAGCCCGGCUAGAUCAGAGAGGAGCGCUCCUUCACAUUGGCUGGUCCUCCGGGGCCUCGGUCGGGCGUUUCUCAGCGCCUGACGGAGGACUGAAGCAAGAGGGGGCAGCCAUCUUCAUUUUCAUCUUCCCCCCCCGCCUCCGCUGCUCUGUGGAAUCAGAGCUCUCCCCUCACCGCUAAAUGGCGGUGGAUGACAAUCCCCACAUUCAAAAGAGGGAUGGAAACCCCUUCAGUUUUCUUUUUUUUGUUGCCCACACUGCCACCACGACGAGCUGCCGUCACGCAGCGAGGAGCCCGGUGCACGCCACGGACGGCCCUCCCAGCGGGGAACCCC